AUUACACCAACACUGAUCACUGAACUUUAUACACUGAUUGUGCCUCAAGGAAGCAGUGUUUUUAUAUACCCUAAGGAGGAUUCCUAGAGAUGCUGUGGUAACAAGUACGGAUUACAACCAUCAGGAUACAUAUAAAAAAUCUUUAUACCUACAGGAUUAGUAUAACUCAGUAUAACUCAUCAAAUGCAACGAUUUCGGGUUUGGUAACAUGCCAUAUUGAUAUAAAAUGAGUUUUUUCAUGCUAAUAUUUUUGUUUUGUUUUAGCUUUCAAAAAUUAACUUGGCUGCCCCACACUUAAAAGCUUACCAGGGUGACUUAUUAGAAUACCUAUUGAUGCGAGGUAAAAAUGGUUAUCAACCCCUCAUUACGAUCAGUUAAUGUAACUGCUGAGCGGUACUGGUCCCUAAAACAUGUCUUAGUCUCGCCCCAGGCCAAGGCUAUGCCCCAGGCUCACUCAUAAAAAUGCUAAUCAAACAUAAGUGGACACCUUUUCGGUAGUAGUAAAGCAGGCGUUAGACUUGUUUUUUUUUUUGCAACUAAGGAGAGGUGUUGUAGGACAGGUUAGGCUAGGUUGUAGGCUUUAUGUUGUAGAAUGUAGGUUGUAGUAGGUUGUAGGAAAGGUUAGGUCAGUUGGUUUGGUUUGAUUAGAAAGGAUCUCUGGGUAUAGCACCUGGUUGCCUCUCCUUGGUUGCAAGAAAGUGUGAUGCCUGCAUUAUGGCUACCCACUUUUUCAUCAGUGAUGCAGUGUAUUCCAAUUCAGUUUUAUGGGGAGCAGCAGGUCUAGUCUGGGUGCUGGCUGCUGGGGAAGUAAAUGAAGUUGAGUAGGGGAAGGGAAGUAGAUCACAUAGUGACUUCUCUGCUACAAACUUUCAUUUACCACACAAUAUUCGAUAAUAUCAACAAAGGACAGUAUCUCUCAUACCUCAUCAUCCAUCACUCAGUGCACAGUGAAAAAUGAUCUACCGCUGGCCGUCACACUGGGGCCGGACUGGUCUCCGCCAGCUGGUCGGACGCCGCGCCCGCGGCUGCGCCUCCCUCCCCGAGGCCGCGUCCGUCCGCGCGGAGGAGGCUCCCCCGCGCGGUCCGUCGCGGCUGCGCCAGGUGGCGCUGCUGGUCGCCUACCACGGCGACCAGUACUACGGCAUGGAGCUGCUGAGAAACUCGGGGUUCCCGACCGUGGAGGAGGCGCUGUUUACGGCUCUGCGCCGGAGCGGUGCCGUGGCCGCCGGCGGAGCACCCUUCCCGCCACACUACUCACGCGCCUCGCGCACGGACCGCGGCGUCUCGGCGCUCGGGCAGGUCGUGUCGCUGAGAAUGCGUGUGUGGGACGGCGUUCUGGACGACAUCAACUGCCAUCUACCGGCCGACAUCCGAGUCUGUAGUUUGCGUCGCGUGCCGCCGCGGUUCAGCGCUCAGACCCUAUGUGACGACCGGCUGUACUCGUACACCCUGCCCACGUUCGCCUUCACUCCGAUGGAAGAGCCGGUGUCUCUCUCGUACCGUGUUCCCGAGUGCCGGCUGCGGGAGGUGCGUCAGCUGCUGCGACAGUAUGUCGGCUCUCACAGCUUCCACAGCUUCUCACCGGGAGGUGACCCGAACGCGGCACAGAUGACCCGCAGCGUUAUGAGUGUGGAGGUGGACGAGCCGUACCUGACUCACGGCCUGGAGUUCACGAAUAUCUGGAUCAGAGGGCGCAGUUUCGUGCUGAGUCAGAUCCGCCGAAUGGUCGGCCUGGCCGUGGCCGUGUGUCGCGGCGCCGCCGGACGGCAUGCGGUGACGGACGCCCUGGGUCACCGGCGACUGACUGCCACCACCGCGCCCGGACUGGGACUCAUACUGAGACGGGCCACGUUCGAGACGGUGGCGGACGCGCCGUGGAACGCGCACGGUCCGCUGCGGUGGGGCGCCGACUCGGCCGAGACGGUGUCACGGAUGGAGCGCCGGCUGGUGGAGCACAUUUACUCCACGGAGGCCGAGCACAUGGUUACGUUCCGGUAUCUGGACGGGCUGCUCCACAACCGUAUCGGCGUGCCGGUGAGGAGCUCCUCCCGGUCACGGUCACCGCUGGGGUACGCCCUGACGCUGACCUUAGAUAUCAACUCGGCGAGGAAGACGGAUAUGACGACAGCGACGCCUGGUCCUUCAGAGGUCACGGAGGUGACAACUGAGCCUUCAGAGGUCACGAAGGUUCAUCCUGAUCCAUCGGAGGUCACAAAGGUUGAACCUGACUCAUUAGAGGUCACUGAAGCUAAGCCUGACCCGUCGGAAGUCACAGAAGUUACUCCUGACCCAUUAGAGAUCACGAAGGUAUCGCGUGAUCCAUCAGAGGUCACGAAGGCUAAAUGUGGCCCGUCAGAUGUCACGGAGGCUAAACCUGACCCGUCAGAAGUCACAGAGGUAAAACGCGACCCAUCUGAGGUCACUACAACUAAAUCUGAUCCAUCAGAAGUGGCUACGAGAGAUCAGAGGUGAUGUAGGUCUGAUCCGACCCUACAAGCGCGCUGUGAAGGCACCAAUGUAGUAAAGCAGCCGAGCGGACGAGUGCGGUGGCUGAGGUGGACGACUUUCUCCGUUCUGUGAUACGGUUCUCCGGUAUUGCUGCGGCUGUAUCGGUGAGAGCAGCCUGUGCCAGUUACUCGCCUCGGUCUAGUCAUAUCGGACGGCAUUUGUUGUAGCUAUGCUGUAGGGAAAGUGUGGUAAGCGUCUCCUACAAUUGUGCUAUGUAUGAUGAUCCAUAGAAUGAUGUCAGCUCAUUGAGGAUCAUGCCGUUGUGGUAACGUGAGCACCGCGUACAAUGUUUUUCAUCGAAUGUUGUGUGCUAAUGAAGUUGGCUCGUUAUUUUGUUUUGGGCAAGGCGAUGUGAUAUUGCUCAAUGUGCUUGUUGUGUUAUGGAUUUUGGAGCAAAGACAGUAAGUUAUAUGUG